GGGGCCAUCAACUCCCGUCGCUUCCAGCCCUACCGUGCCGUCCCCCGCCAUCCUUGAUCCGUCAACGCCCACCUCCCAACUUCAAGCGCUGUCUCCCAUACAAUUGCCUCGAGGCCCUGAUGCGACACCCGAUUCUCGAGACAUGGAGUCGUCGCCUUUGACAAAGGCGCACGAUCACGCACGAGCAGCGGCAAUUGCGACGCACGCUUCGGACACGACGGUCGCUAUCAACGAGCACGCCCAGGCCGCCGGCGAGUUUGCGAAUGCUUCGAAAACUACAAACAGUUAUGAGGCUUUACGGACCCUAAAGCUGCUGGAGCAGCACCACAAACGACUAUCGGAACUGCUGAAGUUGCCCCGCGGCCCACCAAGCCAGCCCGGCCCUGAUGACAUUCCCGAGGAGGACGAGAAGGAGGAGGGGAUAGAGGGCGAUCACAAGGCGGCGACUCCACGAGAGGAGCUGCUCCCCACGAAGAAGAAACCUUCCGGGAAACCUCCACCUACCUUAUCACAUCCUCGAUACCCUGGGCGCAACCUCUCGUCUUCGAUCGCGAGCAACUUGGCGUCGGCGCGAGGGAUCCGAGCGAGUUAUAGCACACAGCCGCUCACUCCCAGCGUGUCGAAUGACCAGGCACCCGGGAGCCUAGAAGUACGCCCUCGUAGGGAGGGCUCUACGAAGAGCAAACCUCCAAAUCAGCUAGAGCAAGCGCGGAAUCCAAGCUGGGUACCCCCGGUCAGCCAGGAAGAUACCGCCAGCGAACCCGCAAAGCAUGAGCCGAGCAGCCCGACUCCAAGCGAAGAUGGCUUCUCCAAGUUUUACAGUACUUUUGGUAGUUUGAUAAACCGGCUGUCAGCGCCUCUGGCCUUCACCGGUCUCCCACUGGUCCCAGAGGAGUCGACCCCCGCACCUAGCCCCCCUCCCGUUGAGCCACCUCAAAAGAAGUCUCGACAUAAAACCUCCACCUCAGCCGCCGACCCAGACCUCUCAAAAAUCUACUCUCGCGCCACGCUGCGCUCUCUCGAACGCGACGGCCAUGGCGCAGCGGACUCUUUUUACGUGGUUCCCACUAGCGGGCACACCGCCUCGUACGCGAGCGUCCUAAACCACGAAAACAAAGAGAAGCGCCGCCUGGCCGCGUCGCUACACCGCGGCGUUGACGAGAACGACGACAACGAGGACGAAGACGACUUCGUCGACGCCCGCGAGUCACAGGCGCCGAUGUCGCCGACCUUCCGGAAGCUCGUCUCCAGGGCCCGGUCUGAUAAGGACCUGCGCAACAUGGUCGAGGAGCUGUACCUCGAAAACUCCACCCUCAAGGACGUACUCGAUAAAGUGAGCAAGCGUCUGCACAAUUUCGAGCUCAACUCGCAGAGCUCCCAUCUCGCGCUGGCUCAGAGUCUGCGGCUGCAACGGCCCACCUCGCCCAUCUCCUCUAGCGGCCUGGGACUGGCGGUGGCGGGUGGGGCAGGGGAUGAAGCGCUCAAGAAACGGAACCGGGAACUCGAGGAGCAGAUGAGCGAGAUGGUGCAGCGGAUGAACAGCCUGGAAAAGGAUCACCUGAAGUUGCAAGUCACGCUGGAGAAGUACAGGGACCGGUGGGAGAAACUCAAAGCCGGUGCUAAGGCUCGCAGGUCGGCGCAGGAUUUGGUUUAUGAGGGCGAGUCGAGGAGGUGACAUGCUGGCUACAUUAUAAGCGUGCUGUCUAUGCUAUGAGCGUUGCUGUUCUGCUGAAAAUUGCAUCUCUUCGCAUGCAUCAUGGCGAAACGGUGGGAGUGUGUAGUACACGAGAGCACUCGCUUUCUGUACUGGGCUCUGCUUCCGGAUUAGAUUUAUAUACCAUCAAUAUAUCUGCCCACGCGAGCUGUGUGUCCCCGCCAA